CCGCGCAACAAUACCGUCAACAUGUCGCUGUUCGGCAAUCUUGGGGGCACCCAGCCUGCUGCAAAUGCGGCUCCAGCCUCGUCUUCCUCGUUCGGAUCCUUGUUCGGCAGCAAACCUGCUACAACGUCUGCUGCACCGUCGGGCGGCUUGUUUGGCGGGUUGGGAGGAGCUACCCAAGGUGCUGCAUCGGGCACAACACAGCCAGCAAGCAGUGGAGGAUUUGGUGGCAGCUUGUUUGGCGGCGCAUUGGGCGCCAAGCCCGCUGCCUCUCCUGCUCCAGCCUCCUCUGCUCCUACAGGAGGUCUCUUCGGUGGAGCAAUGCCAUCGCAACCGCAGGCGCAAACAGGCAGCCUCUUUGGCGGUCUGGGCGGCGCGACGCAGCAACCGGCAGCCACAAACCAAACCUCGAACCAGACACAAACGGGCGGACUCGGUGCAGGGUCUCUUUUCGGUGCUGCCCCAACGCAACAGCAACAGCAGCAGGGUGCUGCUCCGGCGCAAACGAAUGGAGGCACUAGCAGAACAGCACACUUCGAUCACUUGCUCGAGAGGGGCCGCAAGCGCAAUGCCGGAGAGAACGGUCUCACCAGCUUUGACGAGCUACCGUCGUUGCAGCUGGGCCUCGGAGACAUCGCUCGCAAGGUCCGCAACCUAGGUGCCGGCGGCCCCUCCGCGGCUCAGGCCCAGGACGGACAGCAAGACCGUGCUGCGCACUACCUGCUCUCUGCGUCUGGCGUGAAGCUGGGCAGUACCCUUCGCGACCUCAACCAAUUCUCGUCACAGGCAGGCUACGGCGCAACUGUGUCUGCGCCAAACGUGUUCGAUAGCGACGUCGAUAGCUACAUCUCGAACCUUCACUCCCAAUCCACCCUUGCGCUCAUUCAAGAAGGCUUGGAGCAGUCCAAGCGAGACUUUGAUACAUUCCUUGAAGACAACGUCCAACUUGAAUGGGAUAAACAGCGACAGAGGAUCUAUGAACAUUUUGGCCUCGGAAGGCAGAGCGAGGAGAUGGCGGCUUCACAGAGUACGUUCGGUGGCACAGCUCGAGGCGCGUUUGGUCGCUCCACACGUAAGGGCUGUUCCAUGGGACCUAGAGGCGCUGCUACAAACGGCGCAUCGACAUUCGGCGCAUCCUCAGGCGGUCCACCAGUCAUUGGUUCCCAGAGCGUGCUCAACGGACGGGACUCUUCAGAAAAGUCAGGUUUUGGUGGACAAUCUGGCCCACAAGAUCGACAUGUUCGCGACAAACAGGAGAGAUUCAUGGAACAGGUACAGAGCCUCAAUGAGGAUAGGCAGCGCGAGGUUCCGUUUUCAGUUCUGCAUUCUUUCUCCAACGUAGAGAGCGGUACAGCCGGCGACAACUCAGAUCACUUUGUCAGUGCGUACGGAGCUCUAAUCUCCAUCACCGGCGAACAGACGCAAGCAGAAGCCCUCAAUCCCGGAUCAGCCAACCCUAGACCACGAAGCUUCGCCCGAGACUACCUGGAUGACGCAACCACAUCGAAUACCAGCAUCAAGCUGCGUAAGCGUAUCCUUGACGGAUCUCGAAUGUACCUUGAGAAGAGGUUCUUGGACAACGUGGAGGAGGUUCUUAAGAAAAAUCCCUCUGAGGCUCUAGUGGGCGGUGUGCCUUCGUUACUUAACAAAAUCCGUGGCUUUGUGCGAGCCAAGGUAGCCUUCAAAGAGCUUGGUGCAGAUCUCGAUCUCCUCCAAAGGAUAGGCGAAUCUGGCGAGGAGUAUCCUUGGGUCAUUGUGUUUUACCUGCUCAGGGGCGGCCUCUUCACGGAAGCUGCGGAAUACGUGAAGGAGAAAAAGAACUUCUUCCAGAACAACGACCGGAAUUUCCAGCCCGCCAUCUCGCAUUAUGCAACGGACUCUGACCGUAGACUCAGCCCAGAUCUUCAACAGAAGAUCAGUCAUGUUCAUGCACAGCGGACACGUAUCGCCACAGGGAAUGAUCCUUAUCGAACGGCUUGCUACAAAAUCAUUGGCCGUUGUGAGAUGAGCCGCCGAAAUUUGGAGCCAAUUAAAGAGUCCAUGGACGACUGGGUGUGGUUGCAAUUCAACUUGGCCCGCGAGAGCAAUCGGGCUGAAGAGAACGCUGGCGAGAUCUUUGGUCUGGAAGAACUUCGAUCGACAAUCAGAGACAUCGGUCAGCGCCAUUUCAUGAAUGAAGAAGGCGAGACUUCUGGAGGAUAUGGAGUCUAUUUCUACCUGGCUACACUCGCAGGAAUGUUCGAGCCGGCUAUCAACUACCUGUACCAGCACAACUAUGUGUCAGCGGUUCACUUCGCCAUUGCGUUGGACUACUAUGGACUGCUGAGGGUAUCGGACUGGAGUACCGCCGGUAACGAGAUCUUGACAUACACCACGAAGCAGCAGCCACAGCUCAAUUUUGGACGAGUGAUCGGCUACUACACCGGUGACUUCCGCGCUGCCCGUGCUGAUGCAGCAGCGGAGUACCUGAUCCUGAUCUGCUUGAAUGCAGACCUACCGGGCGAGGCUGGUAAGCAACAGGCAGAACUUUGCCAUGAGGCUCUUCGCGAGCUUGUACUGGAAACGCGAGAAUUUUCGACGCUCCUGGGCGAUGUCAAGUCUAACGGUCAAACAAAACCCGGACUCAUCCAAGAGCGUGUAUCACUGCUCAGAUUGAGUGGUCAAGACGGUUUGAUCAACACCAUUACACGAGAGGCAGCGAAAAUGGCGGACGAUAACGGACGCACCAAUGAUGCUGUACUCCUUUGCCACCUAGCGAACGAGUACGAUAGUGUCAUUUCCAUUUUGAAUCGUGCUCUGUCGGAGGCUCUGUCCGUCGAGAUCGGACAGGAGCCUCUUCGCCUUGAGCCGCUAAAGCCUCGUCUCCUUGCCACAGAUGGACAACAGCAGCAGCCGACCGACGAAACAUCCUCAAGCUUGAGUAUGCUCGGGACAGAUGAUCCGGUCGACCUGGCGCGCAAGGUCAUCGCUCUUUACGAUGGCAACAACCUCUGGUGGCGGAAGGUCUCAGAGCUCAAUCGCGACACAAUUCGUAUUCUGUUCCAGUUGAACGAGGCAAAGAAAAUCAUCGAGGCCCGUUCGUACAUGGAAGCACUUGGCAUGAUUGAGAACCUCCGCAUCCUACCGCUGUCCGCCAACGGCAAUGUCUCAGACAUCCGCGCAUCGGCAAACAGCUUCAGCUCGUACCCUCCAGAGAUCGCACGCAAUAUUGGUAGUGUACUGCUUUGGUGUAUCGGGUGUUGCUCGCGACACCGUGAACACCUGCUCUCCGGACAGUUUGAUGAUCCCAUGCGAAGGAGGCUUGCAGAUCAACUGCUGCAGAAGGCUAAGGAUCUUAUGGUAUUUGCAGGUCUCAUCAGAUACAAGCUUCCACCGCGAGUUUUUGAGACGUUGGCAAGGGAGGGUCAGGACGUUGGUGCUUAUUGAAAAUACAUUGGCAGAGAGGCGCACCUGGAAUGAAGGUCUGGAUAUCGCAGAAGAGCCCUUUGUCAGACACAGAGGUUAGCAUGUAGACGGUCGGUUAUGUAAAACUGAUGGAAACGACGUACACAGCUAUCAAAUGUCUAUGGUACCACAUCGCUAGUGAUCACAUUCCAUCGAUUUUGAGAUUGUCGAUCUCAUCA